AUGCAACAUCAUUUGUUUCGUCACAUCGAGCGUCCUAAUCCAAGUUACAAUGUAGAAGAUUUGCCUCGUAAAAAGUUCACUAAGUGUAGUAUAGUCGGAUUAUUAUUAUUGUUUAUUGUUCUUGGCACCGUCCUUGGUGUUGCAAUUAUCUUAGCUUUUGUGACUGGACUACAGAAGAAUGGUUCCGCACCUGUACAUCUCAAAAACGUUUCUACAGAUCCAUUCGAUGAAUCUUGUUUGUGUGGAUGUUCAACUAUUGAACCAGUAUUUGACAAUCGUACUAAAGGAUCCGGGCGGAUUAUUAAUGGCGAAACAGUACGUGAACAUUCAUGGCCCUGGCAAAUGCUUUUGAUUAUCUAUGAUUUGCAUCGUCAACCGUUGACAUUCUGUGGAGCAACGUUGAUAACUGAUCGACAUAUACUAACAGCAGCACAUUGUGUUCAUCAAUUCAUGCCUCCGUUUAUCUUCGUUUUUCCAGGCCAACAUCAAUUGAAUAUGAGUAUUUCACCUUCGUUAGGCUAUCCAGUUACACAAGUUUUUAUUCACGAGCGUUAUAAUGUUUUACUUCAGCAUGAUUUGGCGAUUCUCACUGUUGAUCAGCCAUUUCGUUUUGAUUCACAUCUUCGUCCGAUUUGUCUGGCAACGUCGAAGUCACCUCUUCUACAAACGAAUGACGAAUUAAUCGCUAUUGGUUGGGGUCGCAUUUCUGCUCAACCUGGAGCCAAUAUUUACGCAAAUGACCUUCAACAAGUGGAAUUAUCCUACAUUUCCGCUUCACACCCAAACUGUUCGGAAAUCUUUCAGCCAAUCGUCGGCCUUCAUCCAGGACAAAUGUGUGCAGGAAGACCAAAGCACAACGCUUGUUACGGCGACAGUGGUGGUCCAUUGAUGCGAAAGAUUCUCUCGCUUCAUAACGACAGUUAUCAUUGGGAACAAGUUGGUAUCGCAUCGAAAACAAUCGAUUGCGGAUGGAAUUCUACAUGGCCGGAUAUUUACAUCAAUAUAUCGUACUAUUACAAUUGGAUUAUGAAAACAAUAGAACAUACGAACUAA